AUGAGUGCGAAGCAAGGCAAGCUCAAGGCGGCGAUGCAUGGUUUGGCUGAGGAGAUGCGCAGCGCCUCCAACGCGGUUGUGAACGCCGUCGAGAGGAGGACCGCAAUUGAUCUCGAUCGCGACGGUGACGUGGGCGUUGCUGGAUCGUCAAGAAAGAGUGAACCCGCCGGCCAGUGGAUGGAGAAGGCGACUGGAACGCCCGCUUUCUACGCACCCGAGAUGUGCGUCAAGGGCGGCUACCUUGGCAAGCCCGCCGAUAUUUGGGCGGCGGGCGUCACCCUCUGCCAGCUCACUGGGAGCAAUCCCUUUGCUGCCCCCGACCUGCCCGAAACAUUCCGACGCAUCCAGACAGAGGAGCCAACCCUGCCUGGCCACGCCUCGCCUGAGCUCCUCGCCCUUCUGAGGCGCGAGCCGCUGGCCGCUGCUGCCACCGCUGCGCCCGAAUCUGCGGCUGCCGAAGCUUAA